AUGGCUGGCAACACCCGCCGGCGCAUCACGUUGCCGGAUCCUGAAGAGCGACGGCCUCUACUGAGUAGGCUCAGCACAGGCGGCCCAGAGAACCGCGAUGCCCUGUAUAGUUGCAUGACAGACCCUCAUAGUCACUUACCUGUGUAUACCAACAUACACCGUAUUCGUCGCGACAUCAUCAGCGUUGUUGAGGAUUAUUUGAGCCUCGCCCAGCUGCAGGAUCUGAGGAUUAAUGUUACAGUUGUGCGGCCGUUGGUUGAUAAGUUCUAUGGCCUCAACGACAUAUCCAUCAUCUACUGCUUGCUGGUUAAUCGUGCUCAGUUUCUCGAAGAGCAGUCUCAUCUCAAUAAUCGCCACAAUGUCAACUUCACACGUGCUACUCUAUGUGAGCUCAUAGCUACGCGCAUCCUGAGACGCUUUGGUGAAGUGCAUGAUGAUGGCCACGACGGCCUUUUGCUUCUGGCUCACAUCCUAGUUGCUGGCUUUGAACCAUUCCAGAAUGCCCCAGAAGAGAUUCGAGACGAGGCAGAGCGCACCACCUCCUGGGUUGAUUACAAGACGCUUCCAUCUCUUGAGGUGGCCAUUGUCACCGAGAGCAAGCAUUUCUUGAGUUCAGCGACUUGCCAAAAGGUCGUCAACGCCAUAUACGAGGGUCGAAUUGUCUAUACCCCCUCGACAUUUUGGGACAUCAUCCCCGAUCAUUACAAGUUAAAACCCAUCUCUAUUUAUGAUCCUCGCGAAUCCCCUCUUCUCAACCAAUAUCGUCUGAUUGUCCCUCGAACCCGAAAUGUCCUCGAGUCAAUCCAAUUCGCCACUCUGCUCACUCUCUACGUCGCGGUUAUGGUUCUUAGAAGGAAAAACCGCUAUGGACCAACAGAAGCAGCCUUUUCUAUCUUUGCUUUUGGAUGGGGCUUGGAUCAAUUUGCUACUAUUCUAGCACAUGGUUGGAACGUCUAUACCCAGAACCUGUGGUCAUUCCUUGAUGUGGCUUUUGUUCUCAUCUACUGGGUAUAUCUUGUAUUGCGGUUCUUGGGCUGGAAGCUUGGUGACGCAAACCUAGACGAACAGGCGUUUGAUGUGCUUGCACUCGCCGCUCCUGUCUUGGUUCCGCGGCUUGCUUUCAAUCUGCUGAGCGACAAUCUCGUGUUCUUGUCCCUCAGGUCAAUGAUGGCGGACUUUUUCUUCCUCACAGCUCUAUCUGCCUGGUGUUUCUUGGGGUUUCUGCUGUCACUUCUGUGGCUCGGCGAGGGGGCACACCCCAUCCUAACAAUAUCGAAGUGGAUGAUCUAUAUCUGGUUUGGAUUGGAUGGAACAGGUAUCCAUCGAUCGACCGAGUUUCACUGGCUGCUAGGACCUAGUGUGAUGGUAGCCUUCGCUUUCCUCGGGAACACCCUCUUCCUUACCAUUCUCGUAUCGAUGCUUUCCAAUACAUUCAGCAACAUUUCGUCAAACGCCAUAGCGGAGAUCAGUUUCCGCCGAGCAGUUCUGACACUCGAGGGCGUCAAGGCCGACGCUGUGUUCGCAUACCAACCCCCGUUCAACAUCCUCGCCGUAUUCUUAUUCAUCCCGCUUAAAUUCGUCGUGAGUCCGCGCUGGUUCCACAAGAUCCACGUCACGGCAGUCAAGAUUCUGAAUCUCCCUCUCCUGCUUAUCAUCGCUGUUGCUGAGCGCCGUCUGCUCUGGCCUUCCCGCGAGAUCGAAGACCCAACCGAGAUCAAAUCUCCGCCCCCGACAAAGAGCCAGUUUUGGAAGAAGUGGCGGUUGACGGUCCACCGAGACCUUCGUGCCGUCUUUCAAGUGCCACCGCCUGAUACUGUCCACGACGAUAUCGCUGUCGAUGACGAUCUCACACAUCAUCUCAUCCGUCGACAGUUCACACGCAAUGCGACAAAUGAUAUAGAGCCCCGCAAUCUACAUAACACCUCUAGGCCCGAUCCCGGGGCUCGACGUCCAUCUCGACGAGAUUCUAUGUUUCCCGGGAUCCCACCUCAGAAGCUUCGAGGAUCUUUCUCCGAGAAUGACAUGUUUGAGGGAACUACAGAUAGGCUGGCCAAUAUGGAGAAGGCGAUACGGCGCAUGGAAACGAUGCUAUCUCGCCUAGUUCCAUCUGUCGAGGAUGCCAUCAGCGAUGAUGAGCUGGAGCAAAGCGGGACACUUAGGGGAGACAAUACUGCCGAGUCAUCAUUUAGAGGUUUAGCGGAUCGUGAUUCAUGA